AAUUCUAUAUGGAACGAGAGGAGAAUCGAACAUAGAGAGAGAAAGUGCAUUGUUUUAGAGAGAGAGAUGGCAUCGUUCGACGCGUACAGCAUGGAUGGCGACGCGUCGGCGCGUUCGUUUGACGACGGCGGGUACACCACCUACGACGAUUCAUACGCCGCCUUCUCCUCCGCCGACACACCCCCGUACUCGGCCCCCGCUUACACUCCGGACUACGGCGAUACGGAGGAGGUGAUGGUGGAGAGCGUGCUCAGUCCGGAUCCGUUCGGGUACGGGUCGAAUCCUCAGCCGUUCGGAUCAGACGGUUCGGUUCCGAUAUCCAAUGGCCAUGGAAGUUCGCCUUACAACAUGGGGGAUGAUUCCGAGGGAAUAUUCAGCUCGGGUGGACCGAUCCUUCCGCCUCCUACUGAGAUGCAAGAAGAAGGAUUCGCUUUUCGCGAAUGGCGGAGGCAAAAUACCAUCCGUCUGGAAGAGAAGGAGAAGAAGGAAAAAGAAAUGCGAAACAAAAUCCUCGAAGAAGCUGAAGAGUAUAUAAAAGCUUUCUACGAGAAAAGACAGCUUAAUUUAGAGACCAACAAGACUAGCAACAGAGACCGAGAAAAGUCAUACUUAUCCAGUCAAGAAAAAUUCCACAAAGAAGCCGAUAAACAGUACUGGAAAGCCAUAGCAGAAAUCGUUCCUAACGAGGUGGCCAAUAUUGAGAAGAGGGGUAAGAAGAAGGAUCAAGAUAAGAAGCCAUCAAUCUCUGUAAUUCAAGGCCCGAAACCUGGUAAACCAACCGAUCUUUCGAGGAUGCGUGGUUUAUUAGUGAAGCUCAAGCACAAACCCCCACAGCACAUGCUACCACCCCCACCCCCACCCACCCCUGCCAAGGAUGACAAGGACCCGAAAAAUGCCAAAAAUGGAAACGAUGCUGCUACAAAAGAGGCAACAGUUGCUGCUGCUGCACCUGCCAAAGUUUCAACUCCAAACGGUGUUACGGUAAAAGAAUCUGUUGCUCCGGCGAAUGACCUGCCAGCUAAUUAGCUAAAAUUCCACAAGUUUUGAUUGCAUACUCUCUCUUUUUUCAUACUCGUAUUUUCCUCUUCGGGAUUUUUCCAUGCAUUUUGCAUUGUUAAUGUUUAUUGAUUAAAACUCCAGGCUGGGUCUGGCAAUUCCUUUAUUGAGUUUGAAACAACUGGUGAUUUGUGUUGUUGUGCUGUAAUUCUUUGUUGAACAUAUAUCGGCUGGUACUUUAAUUUUACUUUUAUUUUUUCCAA